AUGAGCAGCUCGUUGACAGUUGACAAUAUCAAAUCACUGCCAUCGCCCGUUGCACAGACACGCCGCCCAUCGAAUGCCGCGCAAUUGUCCUUCGCCAAGCGCAAAGAGGCGCAGAGGGAGGAACAAGCCACAUCGCUGCAGUCGCUCAUGGAUGGCGGCCAUCGGUUAAGCUCGCGGUCCGUUUCGCGCCCGCUACCCGUCGAUCCUACCAAGGAGUCGACAAAGGUCAAAUCGCAGCCGACACUGGCACAAUCGCGGAGCCGCUACUUCGAAGACGCCUUCCAAGCAGGCAGAGAAGUUAGCUCUACGAAGGACCGCAUACGGAGCGAAGCUGUUGUCAUGGCCGAGGUCUACACAAACGUCAUCCGCCCCGUAUCCUCGAUUGUCGUCACAUUGCAGCACGGCGCGUGCAUGCUGUUCGGUGGCAGCUUCGACUCGGCUUACACCCUGUCCAUAUCUGGACUGCCGAUCGAGUUUGCGCCGACAAAGAACAGACGUAACGCGGCCCUGUUACAGAAAUACAUGGAAGAGUCUCUAGGCGUCUUGCCGCACCGAGGAUACCUACGUUUUGUACCGCUAUCAGAAGAGAAUGUCGCCCGGGACGGCAAGACAGUCGCAAGCGAGCUGGCCGAGACCCAAGGACUCGGAGACCAGCACGGUGUGGCCACAACAUUGCAGCAGAAAACCAGCCGGAGACUUAGUACCAAGGUAAAAGAAACCCAAGUCCGCUCCGCUCCGGCUUUACUGACUAGACAGUCCAUGUCUUCACUCAGGUCGAGAUCCACCAAUACCAACAACAUGCCUGAUGGGAUUGAUCUUUCGGCAAGUCAUGGCAUGGGAAGUGAGCCACCAGUGCCGCUCAUGGCGACGGUGUGCGAAGAAGGCGAGUCGAAGUCGGGUGGCAUGACGACUAAUGCAGACAAUGAGGUGCUGCGGAAGAGCCCGAAGGUGGGAAAGAGGAAGAGCUUUGUGGCAUCAUUUUUUGGGCGUUCCAAGCCGGGUGUCUGA